AACAACAAACAGUUGUUGAACAAGCUAACGAGUGGCAGCGCCGGGCAGAAGCAGGAUCAGUGGUCUUGUCCCGGACAGACACUCAAGACACCUGACCGCCCCGGAUAUCUCGAGGAUUUAGCACCGAGGAGUCCGCGCUGUUUGGGCCGGGAACUCACGCUUCGGCUCGGCUCCCCCAGCACCGACGUUAGCCACCGAAACAUGCCCGCUGCCCGGAGUGUGACGCCUGUUUUUCUUCUGACUGCCGUUGGUCGACGGUUGUGAUGCGAACCGAGCCGCAGCGCGACAGACGGAGAGACGAGGGCUCCAGCCGGAAAACACAGCUCCCCGCAAGGGAGAAUGGACUUUGUCGCGGGUAAACAGACGGGCUCAGUCGGGGACGCACGCACGCAACCGUACACGGGCCUGGAUGUCAUUAUUGGGCAACAACUUUAGCAAGCUAGCUAACGUUAGCUCGCUCACAUUCAUGCAAACGAGUCGGGUUCGGUGGAGGGCAGGGAGCUCACUUUGCUAGCGUAAUGGAGGCACCCUGAGAGCGACUUGUUCGUUUCAUUUGUCCACUUUAACACUGUCGACUAUGUGCUGACCAGCCUUCGGUCGGUUCUCUCCGAGUGAUACAGACGUUAUUAAGUGGCGGUUGCCUUGCUGGGCGAUAGUUGAGGAAAGUUUGGCUAAUAUAUAAUUACUGACACAGUUUCUGUUUCGCACAGGUAUCUCAUAUAUUAUUUUUUUUGUAUUGACAUUUGUGUAAAACUGCACUUUAAUUAGCCAAUUUUGUGUCAAGGAUGCACAGAAGUCACGUGUGAAUUGGGGUUUGUGAAAAACUGUUACGUAAAUCACCCCAAGUACAAUAAACCAGUCAAGAUAUAGGUUAGAUAAUCAGAUAGCACUUGGAUAUAACUCGGUGGAUUAAGGACCCGUAAAGGAGCCUAUACACACAUACUGUCAGACAGAGACAGGCUUGUCCGUAUCAGCCAGCACCUAGUUACUGUUUAAUAUAUUUUACAGGCUGUCUGGCACAGUUAAAGGUUGAGUUUCACUGGAAAUGACACCAUGAAUAACGAAGAGCAGCGUCUAGAUUUAUGCAAUGCAAAGACGAGAAGCAACGUGGACGAUGAUCACAACACCACCAACAACACAGAAGGAGUCACCCCUCGGAUCUCUGAACUGAUGACCGAUAGCAACACUGAAAAGCAGAGCAUUGUUCCCACAGAGGCCUCGGACACGUACGUGAUGCCUGAGCUCACCGACAACCUGCAGGCAGCUGAGGAGAAUAACCACCAGGUACAAGACACACUGGAAAUUGAUGAGCUCAAUGGAAAUGGGACGAGCACUGCCCGAAACACCCCUGUUAUAGCUAACGCCACUGACUUCAUCUUCUCUGAUGAGGAGCACAAGGGUGACGUCGGGGUGGAGGAAAUGAAGGAGGAUAAAGACACUGAUGUUGUUGUUGGUGGAAGGCAUGAUGGAGGGGACCCGGACACAGGUGUGGCUCUGAGCCUGGACAAGAGUGCGGAGUUGGAGGCUGAUUCGCCAAGUGCCACCUCGUUGUUAGACAAUGAUUUAGAGUCGGAGUCCCCGUCUCAGGAUGUCCCGGCUGGCAGCACAGCAGAAAGCCUGUCCAAUGAAAGCCAGCCGAGCAGCACAGAGUCCCCUGCCCCGGACCGGGUUGGACUGUUCCCCUCUGUGGAAGAGGCGGAUGAUAAACACCAACCAAGUGGCAAAAGGGUGACGUUUCCGUCAGAUGAGGACAUUGUCUCUGGAGCAGUGGAGCCCAAGGACCCCUGGAGACAUGCUCAGAAUGUGACUGUGGAGGAGAUCAUUUCUUCCUACAAGCAGACCUGUCAGAAACUCAACUGUAAACCUGUACCCAAAGUGCUCAAACAGAUACAGGAAUUGAAAGACCUGACACAGCGGAACGAAUGCUUAGAUCUCAAAGGUGAGAAGCUGGACUAUAAAGCUUGUGAGUCUCUGGAGGAGAUUUUGAAGAGGGUCCAGUUUAAAGUGAUAGACCUGGAGCAGACCAACCUGGAUGAAGACGGUGCGUCAGCUCUGUUUGACAUGAUCGAGUAUUAUGAGUCCGCCACACAUCUCAACAUCUCCUUUAACAAGCACAUUGGCACGCGGGGAUGGCAGGCAGCAGCUCACAUGAUGCGAAAGACGAGCUCUCUGCAGUAUCUCGAUGCACAUAACACGCCCCUGCUGGAUCACUCGGCUCCCUUUGUGGCACGAGCGCUCAGGAUCAGUGGCAGCUUGGCAGUCCUCCACCUGGAGAAUGCAGGAAUAUCUGGCAGACCGCUCAUGUUACUGGCCACGGCUCUGAAGAUGAACAUGAAUCUGCGGGAGUUGUACCUCGCAGACAACAAGCUCAAUGGCCUCCAGGAUUCAGCCCAACUUGGCAACCUGCUCAAGUUCAACUAUAACAUCCAGAUCCUGGAUCUGCGUAACAACAACAUCCUAGACUCUGGUCUGGCCUACGUGUGUGAGGGACUGAAAGAACAGAGGAAAGGCCUUGUCACUUUGGUGCUAUGGAACAAUCAGCUCACACACAACGGCAUGGGCUACCUAGCUGCUGCACUGCCAUGCACUCAGAGUCUGGAGACUCUGAACCUUGGCCAUAACUCGGUGGGUAAUGAAGGGGUCCACAAGCUUAAAGACGGACUGAUUGCCAAUCGCUCUGUGCUCAGACUGGGCCUUGCUUCCACCAAACUGUCCUGCGAAGGAGCGGUGGCGGUGGCUGAAUUCAUCGCUGAGAGCCCCAGACUGCUUCGCCUGGACCUUCGGGAGAAUGAGAUCAAGACGGGUGGACUGAUGGCCCUGUCGCUCGCCCUGAAGGUCAACACCUCUCUGCUGCGUCUCGAUCUUGACCGGGAGCCCAAGAGAGAAACUGUAAAGAGUUUCAUUGAGACCCAGCGGGCGCUGCUGGCUGAGAUCCAGAAUGGUUGUAAGAGGAACUUCAUCCUGGCCAAAGAGAAGGAGGAAACCGAGCAGAUGAUGAGACAGUCCGCAUCCAUGGCUGAAAUCGCAACAGAGGAUGGAACCAGAGAAGAAGAGGAGGAGGAAGCACCAGCAUCAGAGGAGAAAGACGACAAGGACGACAAGGACGGGAAAGAAGGAGAAAUAGUCGAGGUGAUUGAAACAACAGUAAAAGAAGAACAGGCAAGCAUCCAAGCUGGAGCGAGCUCUGAGACAAACGUGGAGUCUGAUUCAGACACUGAGGAGGAAGAGGAGGUGAUAACAAAGUCCUGCUCCACAAACACAAACCAGGCUGCUCCUCAAACCCAGCAGGAGGCUGUACAGCCCCCCCUCAGUGCCUCUGGGACUUCCUCGUCCCCGUCUGAUCCACCUGCAGGAGGGCCAUGUAUCAUUCCGGGCAUAACCAUCACAGAAUCCCCAGCUGCCCCUGGCACUCCUCCAUCUCCCGGUCGCAGUAUAUCAGUCUCAAGCCCGGGGCGAGGUCGUAAGAUCUUCACGGUUACCCGGGUGGAAAGCCCCCCCGACCAGCAGCAGCAGCAGUUACAGCUCCAGAGAGCUGCACUGGCAACUCUCAGCCAAACUAAAGAGCCAUCAAAGAAGCCCAUGACACCUCCUGCCUCUCAAACACCCACAGAAACACAGCAGACACAGGAGGAGGUGAAGGAGCACUCACCUGCACCAGCACUGUCAACAGACUGUAACGUGAAGGAGCAGAGCUCUAUAGCACACUCGGAGUCCACACUAAAUACUCCACUGACCCACACAGAGACGCAGUCGACAAGUCCACCCACAGAAAAUGUAACAGCUAGUACUUUAGAUCCCAAAGUCACAGAUCCAAACAUACAAGCACCGGCCCUGCCCUCCGACUCCUCACCAGCACAGGCUGGAGCAGUUGAGCUCACUGAGGACGUUAUACAGAGCACGCAAAGCCCCCAACCUGAAAACACUUCUGUAGAAGGAGAGGAGGAGAAGGUAGAAGAUGGCAGAGAACUGGUGUCCCCUGAUAGCGCAGGGGAAGAGUGUAAACAGUCAGAUGAACCAAGUCAAACCCAUGAUAGUGUUCCUGCAGUAGACACACAACCUCCAAAACCUGCACUUGAACAGCUACAGAAUGAGUUAGCAUCUGGAUCAAAGGAGAACCAGUCACCACACCAAACGGAGGAAGAGGAGGAGAAACAAGAAGCAUCGGCCAGCCUGUCAGAAAUUGAAAAUCCCACAUCAACAGAGGAAGAGGACAACCAGCAAAACCAAGAGGAACCAAGUCCAAAGCAGCAAACAGAGGCAGAUGAACAGAGCGUUAAGCCUGUUCUCUCCGUCCUGACUGAUCAACAGGCUCCUGAGGCCUCUCAGAGUGAUACACAAGAGACAGAUCUUCAAGCAGAAGAAUCCUCAGAGAGUCCAGAAUCUGCCACGACUGGCUCCGUCUCCCCAGUGAAAGUGGAGGAUUCAGCCGAUGAGAGCUCUGCAGACGAGUGUUUCGCCGAAGCUCUGGACGGAGAGGAGGUGAAUUCAGCUCUACCCAAUGGCCUGAAGCCAGAGUUCUCCCUCCAUCUUCUCGACCCCGAGAGCCCCAAACCUGGCAGCUGUGUGAUGGAGCACGUGAGUGUGAGCUGUGCACAGGACCUGGAGGAGCUGCUGCUAGAGGCCAGUUUGGAUACAGGAAGAGACGCACCAUGAGUUUGUGAGGACCGCGAGGACAUGAGAGCCCUCAGUCUGUCUGGCUCUACUGCGUGACUGAUAAACCUCUGAUGUUUCUGUCGUUUCUCUGACUUUACCACGAACAUCCCCUUUCCAUAAAGGACAGACGAAAACUCAAGCAACUUCUGGAAAAUACACAAAGGACAAAAAUCGAACUGUGGAGCUCGGCUGUGACAAAUAAGGAAUCCUCUACAU